AUGAUGCGUCCUCCGAUAAUACUUCUUAAAGAAGGAACUGAAAACAAACAGGGAAAACAGCAAAUCAUUUCCAAUAUAAAUGCAUGUCAGGUCGUUGCCGACAGCAUACGAACCACUUUAGGUCCUCGAGGUUUAGAUAAACUAAUUGUUGAUAGCAAAGGAAAGACUACUAUUUCGAAUGAUGGUGCCACAAUUUUGAAGCUUCUUGACAUUGUCUUCCCUGCUGCCAAUGUUAUGGUUGACAUUGCUAAGUCACAGGAUGCAGAAGUGGGAGACGGAACGACAUCAGUGGUUAUCCUCGCGGCAGAGAUUCUUAAGCGUAUGAAACCCUUUAUCGAAGACGGCGUUCAUCCUCAAUUACUUAUUCGCGCUGUGAGCAGAGCGAGCGAAGAGGCUUUGAAUCGUCUUUCCGAGUUAGCUGUUAAGAUCGAAGGCGAAACAGAAUUAAGGCAAAUGUUAAUCAAGUGUGCAAUGACAACGCUUAGUAGCAAGCUUGUUAGUCAGGAGCGGGAAUUCUUCGCUGAAAUGGUUGUUGACGCAGUGAACAUCCUUGACGAAUCGUUACCAAUCAACAUGAUAGGUAUCAAGAAAGUCAGUGGUGGAAACUUAAAUGAAUCUCGUCUCGUGAAAGGCGUAGCUUUCCAGAAAGCGUUCAGCUAUGCAGGAUUCGAAAUGCAGCCAAAGCAUUAUCAGAAUCCACUUGUUGCACUUCUCAACAUUGAGUUGGAGCUCAAAGCGGAAAAGGAUAACGCUGAAAUGCGACUUACUUCUGUCGAUGAUUUCCAGGCGGUUGUUGAUGCAGAAUGGAAUAUUCUUUAUGAGAAGCUGCAGAAAAUUUACGAAAGUGGUGCAAAAGUUGUUCUCUCGAAGCUUCCAAUUGGAGAUGUAGCGACACAGUGGUUUGCUGAUAGAGAUAUGUUCUGUGCCGGUCGUAUUCCGCAGGAUGAUUUGGAUCGUGUCAUGGCAGCAUGCGGUGGUUCAAUCCUCACUACUGUUUCACAAAUUGACAAAUCAGUUCUCGGAAAAUGCGAGACUUUUUAUGAGCAACAAGUGGGUAACGAACGUUACAACUUCUUCGAAGGUUGUGCUCGUGCACACGCUUGUACUCUUCUUUUGCGUGGUGGAGCUGAACAGUUUAUUGCUGAGACCGAACGCUCUUUGCAUGACGCCAUAAUGAUUGUACGUCGGGCAAAAAAGAACGAUUCAAUUGUUGCAGGUGGUGGUGCGAUAGAGAUGGAAUUAUCACGUCACUUACGUGCUAAGGCUAAGACGAUUGCUGGAAAGGAACAGUUCUUCUGGAGUGCCUUCGCACGUAGUUUUGAGGUAGAUGAUGCUCAAAUUUCCAUGUUAUUAAAUUAUUCCACAACAACUGUGCUACAACGCUGGAAUAGACCUGAUUUUUUUUCAGGUGAAGUAUGGGCUGGUGUUGAUGUUCAUAAGGAGGAGGUUGGAGAUAACCUCGCCGCUUGCAUUUGGGAACCCAGUUUGGUGAAAAAGAAUGCCAUAAUUGCUGCUACUGAGGCUGUGUGUUUGGUUCUAUCGGUUGAUCAAACUGUGAAGAACGUAAGAGCACAAUCAGGUGGACAAAUGCCGGGUUUGCCAGGAAUGCAAUAG